GGCGCGGCCCGCGAUUGGCUGCUGAUGUGUGAAAGUGGCGCGCCGGCGGGAAAGGCGCACGUGGCGGCGGGGCACGGCACGAGGGCGCGCGGCAUGUUCGGGGGCAGGGCCAGUCCUCUCUUCCUGGACACUUCUGGGAUCUGGUGGCAGGACCCGCCAUCCCUGGCAGCAGUGGAGGCGUCCUGGGACGUGGCAGAAAUGGCAGCUCCGCGCAAGGCUGUGGAUGAGGACUCAGACCUGAGCCACCUGGAGGGGGACAGCACGGAGGAGUUGGGUGUGCAGGACCCGGAGCUGGAGGCCAUCAAAGCCCGAGUGCGGGAGAUGGAGAAGGAGGACGAGAGGCUGAAGGCACUGCAGCUGGAAGCUGAGAGCCGCCUCAUCAUGAGCUCAGAGGCAGGUCUCUUCCCAAAGACAACAGAGGAGAAGAUGGAGGUCGACCAGCGGUCCAUCUACGUGGGCAAUGUGGACUACGGGGGCACGGCGGAGGAGCUGGAGUCUCACUUCAACAGCUGCGGGCAGAUCAACCGCGUCACCAUCCUCUGUGACAAGUUCUCGGGGCACCCCAAAGGGUACGCCUACAUCGAGUUCGAAGAGAAGAGCUCUGUGAAGGCUGCUGUGGAGCUGGACGAGAGCUUGUUCAGAGGCAGAGUCAUUAAGGUGCUGCCCAAGAGGACCAACAUGCCGGGCAUCAGCAGCACCGACCGCGGGGGCCACCGGGGCCGUUUCCAAGCCCGGGGAGGGCUGGCCCAGCGGGGGGGCUACUACGGGGGGCAGCAGGCGAGGCUGCGAGGGAGGACGUACAGGGGUCGGGCAAGGCUGUUGCCUUGGUAUUUUCCAUACUAGAAAGGAGGACUGCACUGCCCUGGAAGAUGCCAAUGGGACCGGAACGAAGAGAUGGGAUUGGAGAGACUUAAAUGUGCCUACCCGAGCCAAAAAAAAAAAAAAGAUUAAUUUUAAAAAGCCAUCUGCCUGGCUGUGAGGAUUACCGGCGAGGCAGCUGUGUGCUGUGCAGCUGGAGCUGGGCUGCCAGGGGGAAGACUGGAUCUGCUCUGUCCACGCUUCGGCCGGAUCCCUGCUGGCAUCCCAGGAGGGGUUUAGGGAUGGGGUUUGUGUGGAGAACAGUCUCAUUCCAGGGAACAGCGUGCUCUGGGAUGCGAAGUGCUUUCCCAGUCCUCCCUUUCAUCCUUAUCCUAUGGGAACAGAGCUGUGUUGGGGGGUUUGUAAGCCUUGUUUGGGUUCUAGGUGCAUGAAUGCUGUUCACCCUGCAGUGGGGGGAGUCCUGUCCUGCUCGGCCCCUGGAGAACCCUGCUCUGGGUGCUUUCAGAUCCUCCAGCGCAUGAAGCUUUCCUCUCUGGCACUUCCUUACUGGCUGUUUCUACAGCAGACGGGUCCUGGUUUCUCUUGCCCAUAAGAAAAUUCUAAAGACCUUUCCAAAGACUCUCAUCUUCUCUGAAUCAGCGGGGAGAGCCUUGGGAUGCAGCUCUAGGUGUGACUGCCGGGGAGCUUUUCUGUAGCUGGAAAGACUCAAAUUGUGGAUUUCGGACCGUAUUCUUGGGAGGAAGAUCGAGCCUAGUGAUGCAUUUUGGGGUCUAGUUUUUUAACUUGCUAGCUACUCCACAUCUAAGAACCAGGGCAGGGAGAAGGCAGCCCUUGCUCUUUGCUGGGAAGCCUCUAUCUCUCCUGGUUAAACAAGGCCUGGGUGUCAAAAACCAAACAAACCUUCCCCCUCCUGCUUUUAUUCCAAAGCCACAGGGAUCGAAGUGUGCUGCUAAUGUAUCCGUUUGCUUCAUUUCUAGCAGUAGCAGCAUUUCAAAAUAGUCUAUUUUUGCAAAUUUGGCCUGAUCUUCCUCUUUAUUCCUGGCACCGUUCCUGCUCCCUGUUUGGGGUGGGUGUGAGCUCACCUGAACUCAAGGAUCAGCGCUGCCUGGCACUUGCCUUUCCUGCUGAUCUUGUGUUUAUGAGCUCUGAAUCUGCUCGUUUUUAAAGGCAAAACUUUGUUAAAAGAGCCAGGCUGGGGCUCCAGCAAUCAGCAGUACUGUGUGAAGUUCUGCAUUGAAAUGGGUUUUAUUAUGUAAUUCUCACGCUAAUCUUUCAGGAUCCUUGGUUAGGAUUCCCCUAACCCAGAUGCAACUGACUCCUAAAGCAGCUUUUCACAGCUCAGAGGGCACUGCCAGACUAAAAUCCCACUGCUUUUCUUUUUCCUUAGGACCUCAGGAUUUUUUAAAGCUCGGGGCCUUAACUCUUAAGUUGAUUUUGCCCUCUGCCCAGUGCGGGCUGUGCUGCCGAGGCUGGCCUUAGUUUCUCAAUCCGAGCUACUCUUGCGCUCAGACUACAAAACUGGCUUUUUCUCAAGGGCUUUAAACUUUCCAUUAGUAGGUUUGUAAGUUACUGAGAUUUAAUUUUUAAUAAAAAUUACUUUGGGGUGUACUUCUGAGUGAAAAGAGUGAAGACUUUUAUGUGAAAUUGUUUCGGAAUAACAGCAUGCAGCUGUGCCUUGUUUAGAUGGUGGGAGGGGCUCAAACACUUCCAUCUCCCAUCAUUUGACAGGUUGUUGUUGAUUAAAUGUAUUUUUGUUUGAGGAAGUAUUGUAAAUGUCACUUAUUUUUAAAAUAAAUGAUCUUGCUGUGUGAACUUGAUCUGCAGUGAGAGGCUGGCUGGGAGCUGACAUGCUGUACUGACCUGGCUUUUUCCAGGUUCCUGUAUCCUUUGGAGCUGUGUAACUAUUUUUUUUUAAUUGAUUAGGUGCUCAGAGCAGACUGCUGUGUGCUGCUGAUGGAGCAGCCUAGGUUGCUCUGCUUCUGACCAGGAGUGUGUGCUG